UCAUCGUUCUGCUUUCACUACCUUCUUCGUUCACUCUCCAUCAAUGGCGUCUUCUUCUCUAUCAACUCUUUGCAGCUCUACCUCGUCUUCUCUGCAUCCCAAAUCUAAGCUCUCACAUUCUCUUUCUGCUAAAUUAUCCUCUAAAGCAAAUGUUUCCGUCCAGUUUCUGGGAAAGAGACAGCCCCAACUUAUCUCCUCAACACCGAGAUUUCUCACCGUUAUCGCCAUGGCUCCGCCUAAACCCGGAGGCAAAGCCAAAAAAGUUGUCGGAGUUAUUAAACUGGCUCUAGAGGCCGGCAAAGCAACUCCGGCGCCGCCUGUUGGUCCAGCACUUGGUUCAAAGGGAGUCAACAUUAUGGCUUUUUGCAAGGAUUACAAUGCCAGAACCGCAGAUAAAGCCGGUUAUAUCAUUCCCGUUGAAAUCACAGUCUUCGAUGAUAAGAGCUUCACAUUUAUACUCAAGACCCCUCCUGCUUCGGUUCUGUUGCUCAAGGCUGCAGGUGUUGAGAAGGGAUCGAAAGAUCCGAAGCAAGAUAAAGUUGGGAUGAUAACAAUAGACCAACUACGCACAAUCGCAGCAGAGAAGCUCCCCGAUUUGAAUUGCACGACCAUUGAAUCCGCUAUGAGAAUCAUUGCAGGAACUGCAGCUAACAUGGGGAUCGACAUAGACCCUCCAGUUCUUGAACCCAAAAAGAAAGCAGUUUUGUUGUAAAAGCUGCCCGCAUGGUAGUUUCUCUGUUUUGAUAAUGUCUGAUUCAUUUCUAAGUGUAAUUUCCAGUAAUACACUUGAGAGAAAUCCAUAUAAAGAUUAUUUUGCGUAAAUCACAGUCUUGGUGUGCAACAUGUAUAUGUGUCCAAGAAGGAAAUCUUAGCCGCAA